AUGAAAAUACCAAAAAGAAAACUAUUUCUUCUUAUAAUUUUUGCUUAUGUAGCGUUUUCACUUUACGCUGCAUACAACGUGUUCUUUAACACCAAAGCCAUCUCCCGUGUUCAUCGAGUGGUUAACAAAGACAGCGCACCAUCAGGUGGCGUAAGAGAUGGAGGAGCUGGCCCCGUCCUUGCAGAUGAGUGGAAUCCGUGGGAGAAUGAACAGGUGGACUACAACUCCGCUCUGAACAAAAAAAGAGACGCAUUCAAACAGUAUUUAGACAAGAACAAGAUAAACAAAAACAAGCCUAAAAGAUUCAAGGUGCAAAUUUGGGGCAAGGCUGCAAUAGGACUGUAUCUUUGGGAACAUGUCUUAGAAGGACCACUUAAUCCUUCAGAUAAAAUUGCGCAAUGGAGAGAAGGGGAACUGCAGUGUGGAAAGGUUGAUUACAGUUUUUACACAGGACCUGCCGUUGUGCAAGGCCACGUUCCACUGGACAUGAAUAGCUUGGUUUUGGUUCUCAACGGCCGUGAGCAACAAAAAGUUUCCUACUCAACACGUUGGUUAGAGCAUGUCCAAGCCCUGGUAAACACACGCACUGUGUCACAUGUGGCUGUGGUCUUGCUGGGGAAUGAGAAGUGUAGCAACGACUGGAUUGGCCCCUAUUUGAAGAGGAAUGGUGGAUUUGUUGAGCUUCUUUUUGUCAUCUAUGACAGCCCUUGGGUUAAUGACAAGGAUGUCUUCCAGUGGCCCCUUGGUGUUGCAACAUACAGACAAUUUCCUUUGGUUCGACCAAAUGCCCAACUGAUCACAUUAAACAGACCAUACAUCUGCAACUUCUUAGGAACUGUUUACAAAAAUUCUUCCAGAGAAACCCUCAUGCAGGUUCUGUCAAUGUCUGGAUUGGAUAAAGAAUGCAUUACCUCUGCCCGUGAAAAGUGGCUCCCUCAGGAAACAUCAGACAGUCUGAGGCGUUACCAAAUGGCUCUUGCUCAAAGUGAACUCACCCUCUGUCCAGUCGGAUUCAAUACAGAGUGCUAUCGCAUUUACGAGGCCUGCUCUUACGGGUCCGUGCCGGUUGUAGAAGACGUCCAGACCCCGGGCACGUGCGCUUCUGGGUCCACCGCUCCCUUGCGACUACUAAAAGCGGCCGGGGCUCCAUUUAUAUUCAUCAGCGACUGGAAAGAGCUCCCAUCCAUCUUAGAGCGCGAGAGGGCGAUGAGUCAGGAGCAGAAGAUAGACCGGAGAAGACGGCUACUGGAGUGGUACGCAAGUUUUCGUCAACAAAUGAAAGAAAGAUUCACCGAGGUCAUUGAAGACAGUUUCUUUAAAGACGCCUGA